CAGUAGCCGGCGGGGGCCCGGGGCGGAGCUUGCAGGAGCUAGCAGAAGCUCGUGCGGAGAGCGCAGGCGCGGCGAAUCUACCAUGGCCGAAAACCUGUACCGAACCCGUUCCCGGGUUUACAGCCCAUCUGUGCUGUUUCUGCACCCAGACAUGGGUAUAGGCGGUGCCGAGCGGUUAGUGCUGGACGCGGCGCUGGCGCUGCAGGAGUACGGCUGUCAGGUGAAGAUAUGGACCGCGCACUACGACCCGAACCACUCCUUCAUUGAAACCCGCGAGCUCGAGGUGCAAUGCGCAGGGGACUGGCUGCCUCGCAGCCUGGGCUGGGGCGGCCGCGGCACCGCCAUCUGCUCCUACGUGCGCAUGGUCUUUCUGGCGCUCUAUGUGCUGUUUCUCUCUGGCGACGAGUUCGACGUGGUGGUGUGCGACCAGGUGUCUGCCUGUAUCCCCGUGUUCAAACUGGCCAGACGGCGUAAGAGGGUCCUGUUUUACUGUCACUUCCCAGAUCUGCUGCUUGCUCAGAGGAAUUCAGCUCUGAAGAAGUUCUACAGGGCGCCCAUCGACUGGAUCGAGGAAUACACCACAGGCAUGGCCGAUCGCAUCUUGGUCAACAGCCAGUACACAGCUUCCGUCUUUAAGGAAACCUUCAAGACCCUGUCUCACAGAAAUCCUGAUGUACUCUACCCAUCUCUGAAUAUCGGCAGCUUUGACUUGGCCAUCCCUGAAAAGAUAGACGACCUCGUCCCCAAGGGGAAACAAUUCCUGUUCCUCUCUAUCAACCGAUACGAAAGGAAGAAAAAUCUGCCCUUGGCACUGAGGUCCCUAGUCCACCUUCGUGCUCGGUUGCCAUCUCAAGAGUGGGAGAAGGUUCAUCUUUUCAUGGCUGGUGGUUAUGACGACAGGAUCCCGGAGAACGUGGAACACUAUAAGGAGCUGAAGCAAAUAGUCCAAGAGACAGACCUUGAGCGGCACGUGACCUUCCUGCGGUCCUUCUCUGACAGACAGAAGAUCUCCCUCCUCCACGGCUGCCUGUGUGUGCUCUACACUCCGAGCAAUGAGCACUUUGGCAUCGUCCCUCUGGAGGCCAUGUACAUGCAGUGUCCAGUCAUCGCCGUUAAUUCCGGUGGGCCCUUGGAGUCUAUAGUCCACAAGGUCACGGGGUUUCUGUGUGAGCCUGACCCAGUGCACUUCUCAGAAGCCAUGGAGAAGUUCAUCCACAAACCAUCCUUGAAAGCAACGAUGGGCCUGGCUGGGAAAGCCAGGGUGGCCGAGAAGUUUUCCGCUGAUGCAUUUGCAGAUCAGCUGUACCAGUACGUCACCAAACUGGUGUAGCCAGGAGAGCAUGAUGUAGGGUCUGGAUGCUACGUGCACUGCAGUAGUCAGGAGAGCAUAAUGUAGGGUCUGUAGGCUACGUGCACUGCAAUCCCUCUUAUGGGUUGUAGAAGCGCCUUUGAAACCAAAAGAGGAGGAAAAAAAUACAAAAAGGAGCUAGAAUCUAGUGCUAGUGAGAUAAUUUUUUUUAAGUAGACUUGAGUCUUGAGUGUGAGCCACCUGUCCACUACACCUAACUGUCAUUUUCUGAAAAUAUUCUUAGUGCUGUAAUCAUUCCAAACCUCAUCAGUAUUGUUGACAGUAUGGUAGCAAAGACUACUUUAAUUCUAUUCUUCUGGGUUAUUGUUCCUUUAUAUAUAAAGGUUUAAUCAUCCAGUGCCUUAAUUGGCUUUAGUAGUUUAGGUCUUACAUCGUCACAAUCAGUUGAUUUGACUUCAGAGUGGGAUGGGGACGGGGCCACUGUGGUUCUCAUGCUCAGUUUACUUAAAGUGUUCUCUAGUAGCUGCUAGGAAGUUUUUGUUGAAAUUUUGGCUGGAUCCAUAGCAAGAGUGCUCAGUAUUAUUUAUUGUUUUGGUUUUUUGUUUCAUUUUUUUUUUUUUUUUUUUUUUUACUGCAACUUGACAAUAAAAGAUAUUUAGCAUCAGAAGUGACUAGAACAUUAGGUCUGGGCCUGGAGCUCUGACUUCGUCUUGUUAAAUAAUUAAACCUGUAGUUGGAAAAGUAGGAUAAACAAGAUAGUUGACAUGAAGGAAUACCACACAUCACACGUUUUGGCUUACCGUGUCAGAACUACACACGCUUGGCCUUAUGUCUUUGAGCCUGUGACAGAACAGUGUAUUGAGGCAGGAAGCAAAGGCAAAAGGGGUCCAAUAUCCCUUUCUAGAAAAUGUCCUUUGGUGACCUGAUUCUCUUCCACUGGCCCUCGCUACAAAAGUCCUAUCACCUCUCAGUAACAAUGUGGGCUGGGCCCAAGCCUCAGGGCACAGGCCUUUGGGAGCUGUGUCAGAGUUCUCUAGAUUAGCAAACAGCACCUACAGAAUAAAUUCCCAGAAGAAUGACUUACAGGCUAAUCCAACAAUAAACAGAAAGUCCAGAAAUUCAGUAGUUGUUCAAUCCAUGAGGCUGGAUGUCUCAGCUGGUCUUCAGUAUACACUGGAGUCCCAGUGGAGUAGGCUGCAUUGCCGUUGAAGGAAUGGACUUGCCUGCAAGGUAAGGACAAGCAAGCAAAGAGCAAAAGCUUCCUCCUUCCAUGUCCUCACAUAGGCUGCCAACAGAAGGCAUGGCACAGACUAGAGGUGUGUCUUCCCACCUGAAGAUCCAGAUUGAAGGAAGAGCUACCAACUCCAAAUUAAGCAAAAGUCCCUCCCAGGCGUGCACUCCAUUGUUAGAUUUUAGUUCAUUCCAGAUGGAGUCAAGUUGACAACCAAGAAUGGCCACCACCGGGGAUACUCCGCAUCUGAACUGUAUACCAAGCUUCAUAUUCCAGACAUGUUUCUUAAUGUCAUUGGUGUCUCCAGCCCGCGUAGUGUUUGUAUCGUAUUCUCUGCAGAUUUUAGCAUGCCAGUGUUUCCUGUCCUUCACGUAAAUACCUUUGUGUGAAGCUUGCUUGACCCACCACUCACCUCUCAACGUCCUUAUCCCUUUGACACUGCCCAGUAAUAACUGUUCGUUGUUGUUUACCUGUUGCUUGUAAGUGCAAGUAUUAAAGCAAUUUUAAAGGUAAAUUCACCUGUAAGAAUAUAAUAAAUACCUAUAAUCAAAUGGU